AUGUUCAAGUCGGUUGCGAUGCUGAGUCUGCUCCCCACAGAUAUGAUCGUCACAGGCAAUGGCGAAGCGUUCAACUUCGGGGACUUCCUUGAGUCUAUCCCGCCUACCACCUGGGCGAGCAUCGGCCUAGGACUAUGUAUAGGGCUUUCCGUCGCUGGGGCGGCUUGGGGUAUAUUCAUUACAGGCACGUCGAUCCUCAGUGCUGGGGUCAGGGCACCUCGCAUUGCUACCAAAAAUAUGAUGUCCAUCAUCUUCUGUGAGAUUGUCGCCGUCUACGGUCUUAUUGUAGCCAUCAUCUUCUUGGCCAAGCUGGAUGCCCUCCAGGGCGAGGCGCUGUCCUCGACUGAAUCAUACCGUACUGGCUUCGCCAUCUUCUGGGGUGGCAUCAUCGUCGGCAUGUGCAGCCUCAUCUGUGGCGUGUCUGUCGGCAUGGUCGGGAGCAGUGCUGCACUUGCGGAUGCGGCAGACCCUACCCUGUUCAUCAGAAUGCUCAUCAUUGAGAUUUUCUGUUCUAUUAUCGGACUCUUUGGCCUAAUUGCAGUGCUCCCAAAGACUGUAGCGUCCAUCACAGGCGGUAUGGGCGUCGCAGCGCUUGGCUCCAUUUGGCCAUUCAUGACAGCAGCUUCUUGCUUGACGGCCAUAGGGGUAGGUGUUGCCCAGGCGCUGGCGGGAGGAUUGAGGGAGAUUUCGAAUGGACUGACGGGCCAACUACGCGCCCGGGUGCUUAAUGUCGUCAACGGCUCACUGACACACGCUUGGCUCGUGCCCGUGGUGCUUACGUCUCUUGGUCUCCUCGGCGCCCUAGCGGUGGAGCACCGCAAGAUCAGGGGUAAGGAUACCAAGGAGCUCAAAGGUGAUGAGGAUACGGCGGAGGAGGCAAAGGACAUGCACUGA